GCACCCGCCGUGCGGGGCUUCACAGUAGCGGAGCAGCGGCAGCGGCAGCGGCAGGAUGAGUGCAAGCCCGGACCCCGUGGUCAUUGUCUCGGCGGCACGGACCGCCAUCGGCUCCUUCAAUGGUUCCUUAUCUACUGUUCCUGUUCAUGACCUGGGCGCAGCUGUCAUCAAAGAAGUCCUGAAGAGGGCCGGUGUGGCUCCAGCGGAGGUGUCUGAGGUCAUAUUUGGAAAUGUUUUAACAGCAGGUUGUGGGCAGAAUCCUGUCCGACAAGCCAGUGUAGGGGCAGGAAUCCCCUACACUGUUCCGGCGUGGAGUUGCCAGAUGAUCUGUGGGUCAGGCCUGAAAGCCGUGUGCCUUGCAGCCCAGUCAGUAGGGACGGGAGACUCCAACAUCGUGGUUGCAGGAGGCAUGGAAAAUAUGAGCAAGGCUCCUCACUUGGUUCACUUGAGAACAGGAGUGAAGAUGGGUGAGAUGCCUCUACUUGAUAGCCUACUCUGUGAUGGUCUUACAGAUGCAUUCCACCACUAUCACAUGGGAGUUACAGCUGAAAAUGUAGCCAAAAAAUGGCAAGUGAGUAGAGAAGAUCAAGACAAGGUGGCACUUCUGUCCCAGAACAGGACAGAGAGCGCACAGAAAGCUGGCCAUUUUGACAAAGAGAUUGUACCAGUGUUUGUGUCUUCCAGAAAAGGUCUUACUGAAGUUAAAACAGAUGAGUUUCCUCGACAUGGGAGCAACAUAGAAGCUAUGUCGAAGCUAAAGCCUUGCUUUAUUACAGAUGGAACAGGAACAGUUACCCCAGCUAAUGCUUCAGGAAUAAAUGAUGGUGCUGCAGCUGUGGUCCUUAUGAAGAAGUCAGAGGCUGCUGAUCGUGGGCUGACACCUUUAGCACAGAUAGUUUCCUGGUCACAAGCAGGCGUAGAUCCUUCCGUUAUGGGAACGGGACCAAUUCCAGCAAUCAAGCAAGCCGUUGCAAAAGCAGGUUGGUCACUGGAGGAUGUUGAUGUAUUUGAAAUUAACGAAGCCUAUGCAGCCCUCUCUGUUGCAAUAGUUAGAGAACUGGGAUUAAACCUGGAGAAGGUCAACAUUCAAGGAGGGGCCAUAGCCUUGGGUCACCCCCUGGGAGCAUCUGGCUGUCGGAUUCUUGUGACCCUGUUACACACCAUGGAGAGAACUGGUGGACGUCGUGGUGUUGCUGCCCUGUGCAUCGGGGGUGGGAUGGGAAUAGCUAUGUGUGUUCAGAGAGGAUGAAAUUCUUCUAACAGUUAUGCCUAAACUAAAUUUGA